AUCUUCCCGGACCGGGGCACGAACCCGUGUCCCCUGCAUCGGCAGGCGGAUUCUCAACCACUGCGCCACCAGAGAAGCCCUUCACAACUUUUUAAAUUUCAGAAUUACAGGGAGGAGAAUGGAAAAUUCUCUGGAGCACGCGCCCAGGUUCCGACUUUUGACAGCCCCUCGAAGCUCCGCCUCUCGAAACCCCGCCCCUCACGCACUCCACGCCCCUCUUCCGUACAGACUGCCUCCGGAGCGGGCGCCGGGCGUCGGACGUCGAGCGGAAGUGACGUACGGGGGCUGCCGGAGGUGUCGCUGGUGCGUUCCGCUACUGGGCCUGAGAGUGGAGUGGUACCUACGCCAGGGGAGAUAGCGCUAUGUCGAUCGAAAUCGAGUCCUCGGAUGUGAUCCGUCUUAUCAUGCAGUACCUAAAGGAGAACAGUUUACAUCGGGCAUUAGCCACCUUGCAGGAAGAGACUACUGUGUCUCUGAAUACUGUGGACAGCAUUGAGAGUUUUGUGGCUGACAUUAAUAGCGGCCAUUGGGACACUGUUUUACAGGCUAUACAGUCUCUGAAAUUGCCAGACAAAACCCUUAUUGACCUCUACGAACAGGUUGUUUUGGAAUUAAUAGAGCUCCGUGAAUUGGGUGCUGCCAGAUCUCUUCUGAGACAGACUGAUCCCAUGAUUAUGUUAAAACAAACACAGCCAGAACGGUAUAUUCAUCUGGAAAACCUCUUGGCCAGGUCUUACUUCGAUCCUCGAGAGGCAUACCCCGAUGGAAGUAGCAAAGAGAAGAGAAGAGCAGCGAUUGCCCAGGCCUUAGCUGGGGAAGUCAGCGUGGUGCCUCCAUCUCGUCUCAUGGCAUUGCUGGGUCAGGCACUGAAGUGGCAGCAGCACCAGGGAUUGCUUCCUCCUGGUAUGACCAUAGAUUUGUUCCGAGGCAAAGCAGCUGUCAAAGAUGUGGAAGAAGAAAAGUUUCCUACACAGCUGAGCAGGCAUAUUAAGUUUGGUCAGAAAUCACAUGUGGAGUGUGCUCGAUUUUCUCCAGAUGGUCAGUAUCUGGUUACUGGGUCUGUUGAUGGAUUCAUUGAAGUAUGGAACUUUACGACUGGAAAAAUCAGGAAGGAUCUUAAGUACCAGGCCCAGGAUAACUUUAUGAUGAUGGAUGAUGCUGUCCUCUGCAUGUGCUUCAGCAGAGAUACAGAAAUGUUAGCAACUGGUGCCCAAGAUGGAAAAAUCAAGGUAUGGAAGAUUCAGAGUGGACAGUGUUUAAGGAGAUUUGAAAGAGCACACAGUAAAGGUGUCACCUGUCUAAGCUUUUCUAAGGAUAGCAGUCAGAUCCUUAGUGCUUCAUUUGACCAGACAAUUAGAAUUCAUGGUUUAAAAUCUGGAAAAACCCUGAAGGAAUUUCGUGGCCAUUCCUCCUUCGUUAAUGAAGCAACAUUUACACAGGAUGGGCAUUAUAUUAUUAGUGCAUCCUCUGAUGGCACUGUAAAGAUCUGGAACAUGAAGACCACAGAAUGUUCAAAUACCUUUAAAUCCUUGGGCAGCACUGCAGGGACAGACAUCACUGUCAACAGUGUGAUCCUGCUUCCUAAAAACCCAGAGCACUUUGUGGUUUGCAACAGAUCAAACACAGUGGUCAUCAUGAACAUGCAGGGACAGAUUGUCAGAAGCUUCAGCUCUGGUAAGAGAGAAGGUGGUGACUUUGUUUGCUGUGCCCUCUCUCCCCGUGGUGAAUGGAUCUACUGUGUAGGGGAGGACUUUGUGCUCUACUGUUUCAGCACAGUCACUGGCAAACUGGAGAGAACUUUGACAGUUCAUGAGAAGGAUGUGAUUGGUAUUGCACAUCACCCUCAUCAGAACCUGAUUGCUACUUACAGUGAAGAUGGACUCCUAAAACUCUGGAAACCCUAAUUCAACUUUUUAAACUAGCUUGAGAGCAUGUACUUAAAAUGAAGACAUAUUCAUGAUUGCUUUUUUUUUUUUAGGCCAGCUUUUCUAAGUAAAUUGUCUGAGUUAGGCACAAGAAUAAUUUUGUGAAAAUUCAUGUUUAAGUAGCAGUUACUCUUUUUUAUAUAUUUUCAAGAUAUUCGCAUAUCUCUUUCUAACUGGGGCAGUCACUUAAUGUUUUCAAUAGUCUUUUACCUGGAGAGUGAAAUACUGAUAUUUCUAGGGAAAAACUGUACUCCUGUGAUUAUUUGAAAUGCUGAUUAAAACGGGCCUCCUGCAGUAAAACUUGUAAAUAAGGAACUAUCCCAAAUUCAGUAGCUGUUUACUGUUCCAUCUUUUUUUUUAAGAUGUUAGUUAAUAAACUUUACACCUUUCUGGA